AUGGAUGGCGGCCAGGAAACAUUGGAUGAGACCAUUGUGGAUGCAGCGGUGGCAGAGGAGAUGCGGAAUGCAGGACCUUUGCCCGACACCGAGCUGCCCACAAAGGAUGGCUUCUCGACGAAGACAGCUCAUACUGAUGGGCAGAAAGGCUCUUCCCCUCCUCUUUCUCCGGCAAGUGUGGUGGAGAAGGUCGCAGAGAGAGAGUUGGACUGGGGAGAAGACAGUCACGUCAUCCACACGGAGACGGAGCGGGCCAUCAUCAAGCGGGUUUCGGACAUCUUCUUGGGCCCGACCUUUGAAUUUGCAACGGCCAUUCUGUUGAUCUUCAACCUGCUCUUGAUGGCUGCCCAGCUGCAAUACCAUGGCAUCAAGAUGGGCCACGAGAUGAACUACCCCCACUACGACUAUGAGCCGGAAAUGGCCUUGCCCGGCGCGGAGAACUUCUUUCUGGGGGCGGACGUGGCUUUCGCGAUCAUCUUCACCCUCGAAAUGCUGAUCCGUUUCUCGAAGAUCGGCUGGUUGUACUUCAAGAACUUGUUCAACUGGGUGGACUUCGUGGUGGUUUGCAGCAGUUGGGUGGAGCUCUUCGCGGCGGCCUUACCGAUCUCGCCCACCUUCCUCCGGAUGCUACGCUUGGGAAAGCUCCUACGUGCCAUUCGCGUGGUGAAGAUGUCGCAAGUCUUAGAGUCCCUGCAGCUCUUGUUGAAGUGCAUUCAUGCAAGCCUUCGAAUCCUGUUUUGGUCUCUGGUACUGCUGAUGAUUAUCCAGUGCAGUGCCGGCAUGACCAUCUCUUAUAUGCUGAGCGACUACAUGGCCGACACCGGCAUCGAUGACAAGAGGCGAUUUGAAGUCUUCCGCUACUAUGGGACCUUUACCAAAACGCUCCUGACGAUGUUCGAAGUUCUUUUUGCAAACUGGGCGCCGGCUUGUAGAGUUCUUGUCGACAAUGUUGGCGAGGGGUACUCGGCCGUCUUCAUUAUCUACCGAUGCUUCGUGGGAUUCGCUGUCCUGAACGUGGUGAAUGCCGUCUUUGUGCAGAGCACCAUGAAGGUGGCUCAGGCCGAUGAUGAGCUCAUGAGUCGAGAGAAGGCUCGGACCCAAGCGGCAUACCACGAGCGGAUCACGGCCUUGUUCCGACAGGUGGACACCUCUGGAGAUGGGAUGAUAGAUGCGAGCGAGUUCCAAGAGUUGUUGCAACAUCCAAAGCUUCAGCUUUGGCUGCAUCAGCUGGAAGUCGAGACGAACGACUUAGUGGGAUUGUUCAACAUGUUGGACGACGGAGACGGUGAGAUCUCCUUGGAAGAGUUUGAAAGUGGCCUGAUGCGGAUCAAGGGGAUUGCCCGAAGCUACGACCUGAACAAGUUGCAGCGCGACAUCUCGCGGAUGAGCAGCAAAAUGGACAUGCUUUUCGCCAACUCCCCUUACACCAGGGGCUUGAUCAGGGAGAAGAUGGAUAGGAAGAAGAGCCUGAGCAAUGUGAGCAACUCUGCCCCAAGUCCAUCCGCUCGGGAUUUGGGUGUUCCUUCCCCAUCACGGAGCGUUGUGUAG